UUUCAAUGACUCAUAAAGAAGAUAUAUUUUUUAUGUAAUUCAAUGACUCAAUUAUUUAUUUUUGUAUAGUCAAUAUUAUUUUCUUGAUUUAAUUAAAAAAUGGGUAUAUUAUGUAGAAAUAAUGUUCGCUUAUAAAUAAUUUUCGAGUAAAUCCAUCUAAAGUAAAAAAAUGAAAUAUUGAUGAGGUCUAGAAAUGUUGUAUACUUGAUCUUUUAAUACUUUUCUAUAAUUUCUAAAAUAAGAUGGCUAAUACUGGUGUUCUUCCAUUCGUGCGUGGAAUAGACUUUAGUAAUAAUGAUUUUGAGACUUCUAAAUUUCCUAUAGCUGUUCAAUCAAUGUCUAGUGUUCAAUGGCUUAACAUUAAUAGAGUCAAGUUGCACGAAAUACCUCCUGAAAUAGGAAAACUUGGAAAAUUAGAACAUUUAUCGAUUGCUCACAAUAAAAUUGAAAAAUUACAUGGAGAACUUACAGAGCUGUGUUCAUUGAGAUCAUUAAUUGCUCGACACAACAAUAUCAAAAGUUCUGGUAUACCAACAGAACUUUUCUGUAAUAAUGAUAAUACAACAGAAUUAACUACUUUGGAUUUAAGUUAUAAUCGUUUAACAAGAAUCCCAGAUGGCUUAGAAUCAUCAUCUUGUUUACUAGUACUUAAUUUGUCACAUAAUAGGAUAACUUCUAUUCCUAAUCAAUUAUUUGUACAUUUAACUGACUUAUUGUCUUUGGAUCUUAGUGAUAACGAGUUACAAACACUACCACCACAAAUGAGAAGAUUGACAAAUUUACAAACAUUGAUAUUAAACAAUAAUCCUUUAGAUCAUUUUCAAUUAAGGCAGUUACCAUCAAUGAAAAAUUUAUCCAUGUUACAUAUGAGAAAUACCCAUAGACACUUAACUAAUAUGCCUCCAAGUCUAGAAACAUUGACUGCUUUAACAGAUUUAGAUUUAAGUUGUAAUCAGUUACCCAAAGUACCUGAUGCUCUUUACACGUUAAUAAAUUUAAAAAGAUUAAAUCUAUCAUCAAAUGUUAUAACAGAAUUAUCAUUAGCAUUAGAAGUAUGGCAUGAACUUGAAGUUCUUCAACUUUCUGACAAUAAUUUAACUUCACUACCAUCAUCUCUUUGCAAAUUAUCAAAUCUUAAAAGAUUGUAUAUUAAUUUCAACAAAUUAGACUUUGAUGGAAUUCCAUCCGGUAUUGGUAAACUUUCAGCCUUAGAAAUAUUUUCGGCCUCUGGAAAUCUUUUAGAAAUGAUACCAGAAGGUCUUUGUCGAUGCGGGAAUCUUAAGAAACUUUUAUUGUCUUCUAAUAAACUUAUAACUUUACCAGAUACUAUUCAUUUGUUAAAGGAUAUAGAAGUUUUAGAUUUGAAUAAUAAUCCAGAUUUGAUAAUGCCUCCUAAACCUACAAAUGUAGCAGCUGAAGGAUUGCAAUUUUAUAAUAUAGAUUUUUCCCUUCAAAAUCAAUUAAGACUUGCUGGAGCUGUUGUUCCAAACUUAGUACAACUACCACAAACUAUUAAUCGUGAUCCUAUAGCUAGAAAAUUACGAUUACGCAGAAGUAAAAGAGAUCAUGAAGAAGAAAAACAAGCAAAAAUUUUGAAAGGAAUGCAAGAUAUUGCAAAUGAUAAACAUAAUGAAAGUUUUGAUGAUUCUAUAAAAGCUGAAUCAUUAAAACCAAAGAGAUGGGAUGAAGCUUUAGAAAAACCAGCUGUCGACUAUGGAGAAUUAUUUGAAGAAGGCACUGGAAGACUUCCAGGUCUAAGUGUUUGGGAAAUUGAAAACUUUUUACCGAAUAUGGUUGAUGAAGUUGCACAUGGAAAAUUAUAUAGAGGAGAUUGUUAUAUUGUUUUACAUUCAUUUAUUAAUGAAAAUUCAGAUAAUUUAAACUGGAAAAUUUACUUUUGGAUUGGUGACAAUGCUUCACUUGACAAAAGAGCAUGUGCAGCAAUACAUGCUGUAAAUUUACGUAAUUUCUUGGGUGCUGAAUGUAGAACUAUUCGUGAAGAACUUGGUGAAGAGUCAGAUGAAUUUUUGUCAUUAUUUGAUUCUUCUCUAGUUUACAUUGAUGGUGGACGUACAGCUAGUGGGUUUUAUACCGUUGAAGAUGUUACUUACACUACUCGCAUGUUUCGAGUUCAUGCAAAUGGAAUGUCUGUUCAUCUGGAGCCUGUUAAAUUGCAUUUCACUUCGCUUGAUGUAAAAUUUGUUUUUGUAUUAGACUGUGGUCUUACUAUUUUUUUAUGGCAAGGUCCUAAAGCAAAAAACACUUUAAAAUCUAAGGCUAGGCUAUUAGCAGAAAAAAUUAAUAAAAAUGAAAGAAAAAACAAUGCUGAAAUAAUACUUGAAGAAUAUGGUAAAGAAAGUAUUGUAUUUCAAGAGCUUUUAGAGAUGAAUGAAAAUUUUGAUUGUGAGAUAGAUAUCAAAGCCCAUAUUCAAGAAGAUUUUAAACUUCCUCAUUCUCGUUUAUACCAAGUAAAAUUAGGAAUGGGUUAUUUAGAGUUACCCCAAGUUGAAGUUUCUCAUAAUAUCUUAGACAACUCAUUAUUGAACUCAAAAAAUGUCUACAUUUUGGACUGCUCUGUUGAUUUAUAUGUCUGGUUUGGUAAAAAAUCAACCAGACUAGUGAGGGCUGCUGCUGUUAAAUUAUCUCAAGAAUUAUUUUCAAUGAUCGAACGUCCAGAUUUUGCAUUGACUAUAAGAGUUCAAGAAGGUACAGAACCUCAAAUAUUUAAAAUUAGAUUUGUUGGUUGGGAAGAAGUCAUUGCUGUAGAUUUUACACGUACUGCUGAAUCUGUACAAAAAACUGGUGCUGAUCUUACUAAAUGGGCUAUGAAACAAGAGACUAAACAUGACCUGGCUGCAUUGUUUACACCUCGUCAACCACCAAUGUUAUUUAGUGAAGCCAUGCAAUUAAUGCAAGAUUGGAAUGAUGACCUUGAUCAAAUGGAAUCAUUUGUUUUGGAAGGGAAAAAAUUUGUUCGUUUACCCGAGGAAGAAUUAGGACAUUUUUAUAGCAAAGACUGUUAUGUAUUUUUAUGUCGUUAUUGGGUUCCUGUUGAUGAAGAAGAUGGCCCAGAAGAUAAUGUUGAUAAUCAACCAGAAGAAGAUUUUCAAUGUGUUGUGUAUUUUUGGCAAGGUCGUGAGGCAUCUAAUAUGGGUUGGCUUACUUUUACAUUUAGUUUAGAAAAACAAUUUAAAGCCAUGCUGGGAGAAAAGUUAGAGGUUGUUCGAACUCAUCAGCAACAAGAAAAUAUUAAGUUUUUAUCUCAUUUCAAAAGAAAAUUUGUAAUUCAUUCUGGUAAAAGGAAAGAAAAACCGUCUCCAGUUGAGCUUUAUCAUUUAAGAUCUAAUGGUAGCGCUCUAUAUUCCCGACUUAUUGAAAUUAAACCUGAUGCUAGGAAUUUAAAUUCUGCAUUUUGUUAUAUAUUAAGAGUACAGUUUGAUCAAGAAGAUACAAAUGGAAUUAUUUAUUUGUGGGUGGGUUCAAAAGCUGAUCCCGAAGAUAUAAAACUUGCUGAAGAAAUUUCAGACGAAAUGUUUAAUGAUCCAUGGACAAGUCUACAAAUUAUAAAUGAAGGAGAAGAACCUAAUAACUUUUUCUGGGUUGCGUUGGGAGGAGAAGCACAAUAUGAUCAUGACGCCGAAUAUAUGAAGUAUACAAGAUUAUUUCGUUGUUCAAAUGAGAAAGGGUAUUUUACUAUCUCUGAAAAAUGUUCAGAUUUUUGUCAGGAUGAUUUAGCUGAUGAUGAUAUAAUGAUUUUGGAUAAUGGCGAACAAGUUUUUUUAUGGCUUGGGGCCAGAAGCAGUGAAGUAGAAAUAAAACUUGCUUAUAAAUCAGCUCAAGUAUAUAUCCAACAUAUUAGAGCUAAACAACCAGAAAAACCACGGAAAUUAAUGUUAGCUAUAAAAAAUAAAGAAUCACGACGUUUUUCUAAAUGCUUUCAUGGUUGGAGUGCACAUAAAAUAACACCUGAAUAAUUGUACAAUUCUUAAAUCCAGCUAAUUUUCCUAUUCUUCAAAAACUUUUUUGUACUUGCAUUACUUAGUAUAAUUUAAACAUAAACAACAUUUAACAUUUAAACAAUUAAUAUUUAAAUAAUAUAUAUUUAAGUUUAAACAAAACAAAUAUUAAUGAUGUAUAAAAUUUAAGUUAAAUAAUAAAUAAAUGACUAAAAAAAUA